AUGGGAGACUGCAGCCCCGCCGAGCUGCCCAAUCCUGAGCUGAUCACUUUUAAUAAAGGCCUUAAAAAGGAGAAGAAGUCUCCUGGCCCUGUUUAUGACUGUUCUCCAUAUGCUGCACAUCUCUAUGAUGCAGAAAACCCACGGACCCUGCUGAGAAGCCUACCAGGACUUUGUAUUGACUACUGCUACUCUGCCAUCCACCUGCUGACUGGUGACAAACAUAUCCAGGAGUGCUGCAAGAUGAACGGGACCCACUUCUGCCACCUCCUGCAGCUCCAUGAUGAGGACUACUGUUUCCCCCAGGUGCUGCAGAACUUGUUCCUGAGCUGCAGCCUGGGCUUGCUGCUGGAGCUGUGUCCAGCUGGCUGUGUCCAGCUGUGCCUGGCUGAGGUUGCCAGUGGCCUGAGGAAGCCGGUGCUGUUUGCCCACACUGCUGACGGGACCCACCGCGCCUUCACAGCCGAGCAGCUGGGCCUCAUCCGGACUUGCCUGCCCAAUGGCAGCUGGCUGGAGGAGCCAUUCCUGGAUAUUCAGAGCCUGCUGCUGGCUGCCCCAUGGCUAGUGGAUAAGAGGGGCUUCCACCCCAAGCAGAAGGACAAGGGGGAGUUCUAUAUCUGUUACUCACACAUGGUUAAGAAACGAGUGAGAAAGAGCAGGAUCAAUGAAUUGAAGGUUUUGGCAUCUGAUGCCAACAAAAUUGACCCAAGCUCUGAAAGGAUUCUCCUGGAGCUUGAGGAACCAGCUGCAAAAGACCCUUUUGGAAAAUUUGGGAAUACUCAGAACAAGAGCACUUUGUUGGGGAAAGUGUUGAGGAUUGAUGUGGAUGGAAGAAACCCUGAUGGAAAGCCUUACCACAUCCCUCCUGAUAAUCCAUUCAUGUCUGAUCCCAAAGCCUGCCCAGGGGUUUAUGCCUAUGGAGUCAGUAAAUGGUGCUGUGCAAUGGACAGAGGGGACCCUAUCACAAAAAAAGGAAGAGGGAGGAUAUUCUGUGGGGAUGUCGGGUAGAACAGGUUUGAGGAAAUCAACCUCAACUUCACUGUUAAAGGAGGGAACGAUGGCUGGAGAGCAAAGGAGGGGUUUGAAUGCUUCAACACAAAGCUUUGCCACAACUCCUCCAUGGAUGACACUCUGCCAAUAUUAUCAUAUGGCUGCAGUGUGGGCAAGUCAGUUACUGGAGGCUUUGUCUACAGGGGAUGUGAAUCACCCAACUUGAAUGUCCUUUAUAUUUUUGGUGAUUUCCUGGGCAGUUGAUUUAUGGCUUUACAGGAAGAUAAGAAGACAAAUAAAUGGAAGAAACAGGAUAUCUCUGUUGGCAGUACAACAUCUUGUGCUUUCCGUGGAAUGAUCAGCUCCUACAGCAAAUUCAUCAUCUCCUUUGCUGAGGAUGAAGCAGGUGAACUGUAUUUUAUGUCUACUUCUUAUCCCAGUGCCUAUACACCAUGUGGAUUGCUCUACAAGCUCAUCGAUCCUGCAAGGUUUAUGCCUGUAUCUGCACCAGGGAAGUGUAAAUACAAGCCUGUUCCAAUGAAAACAGACAGCAAACAGAUACCAUUUCUUCCAUGA